AUGAGUGAACCAACACCCCGAGGCUAUCGGCCUCUUGCGCCUCGAACUCAGCUUCUAGGUGGCGGGGGAGGAAGUCCAGCUGGUGGCAGCGGACAGGAAGAGAAACGCAUGAGGCGAGCUUCGACAGCUUGUACGGAGUGUCAAAAACGCCGCACCAGGUGUACCGGCCCUCCUCAUUGUACCGAAUGCUCAAAUCAUGCCCGAGAAUGUGUCUUCGAUGAAGCCGCCGACAGACGUCGGAAGGUCUCCACCAAAAGAACUCAAGACCAAUUAGACCAUUACCGGGGAUUGGUUGAAGAUCUGAUCGAAGUCAUCCGAGACAGUGAUGGUCCGACGGUCCAAUCUAUCGUCAACGCCAUUCGAGCGGGGGCCCAACCAGGAGAGAUUCGCGAUACCCUCACACGAAUCUUGGAAAAUAACGACCGAACCGCCCCGGGAUAUUCAGGCGUGCAAGAAAGCAUCAGCCUUGAUUUCAACAUGAAUCCUCACACAAACAACAUGGGCAAUUAUUCCCAACCUGGGUGA